GGGGGGAGCUCCGUUUUUCACUAGCACCACCAGAGGUGCAACUGGUCCUUCGUUCGCAGGCAUCUGAAACCCGUCCAAAUGAUGCAGAAACUUUUGUGUGCUUGGCUCCUGUCUCAUUCCCUCAGCAGAUGGAUUUUUGCCACUGCAGCUCAGCAGAGGGUGUCAGAUCUUUCAGAGUGCACCAGGUUGAAACGAGCAGAGCCUCUUAGCAACUCUCCCUCUGCGUGCAUGUGAGUGUGUGCUAGUGUGCGACUCGGCAGCGGCGGAAGAAAAAAGAAGAGCGAGCGAGCGAGCGAGGGAGCGAGCGAGGAGGAGAGGCAGCGCGGCCGGCGGGGCGAGGCGCGGCGCGGGCGGGCGGGCGUGCGGACGGGCGGCCCCGCGGCAGCUCCCGGCGCCGGCAUCAUGGGCAGCAGCGCUCCGCAGCGGGGGCAGGAGCCGCGCAGCGCCGGGAGCUCGGCGGCCCGCGCCUAGGCUGGGGCGCGCUUUCAGCACCGGGGCGCUGGACAGCGCCCGGAGGGCGGCGGGCGAGGAGCGCGGCUCCGCGGCAAGGUCAGUCCGGCGCGGAGCCGCGCACAGCGGCAGCCUCCGCGGGCACCGCUGCGCGCUCCGCCUGCUUCUCUCGACCAUGCAGCGGCGGCUGGCGGCUAGCACCGCUCCCAUGCCGGUGAGCCAGCCCGGUCCGCAGACCUCCGCUUAACUGCACGGGAACCGUCAGGGAGGGGGAUCGAGGAGGGGGAAUUUUUUUCCUUCCACUUUUUUUUUUUUUUUUUUUUUUUUUUUUUUUGCGUGCCUUGCAGUACGUGCCUGGAGAGUUUGUGGAUAUAAUUAUUGACUGGAAUCUGGGCUGCUGCAGAUGUAUGUGGGGGGGGGAGAGAGGAGAAAAGAAAAAGCCCCCCCCCCCCUCCCCCCCUCUUUCGACCCUCCCUGCUCCCCCUCCCCACAUUUUUUUCCCCCUUUGGUGGUGGUUUGGACAUUUUGUAUUGAAUGAACUGGAAUUGUUUUCCGCGUGAGGAGGAUGGUUGCUGUUACUUUGUGAUGAGAUCGGGAAUGAAUUGCUCGGUUUAAAAAUGCUGCUUUGGAUUCUGUUGCUGGAGACGUCUCUUUGUUUUGCUGCUGGAAACGUUACAGGGGACGUUUGCAAAGAGAAGAUCUGUGCCUGCAACGAGAUAGAAGGGGAUUUGCACGUAGACUGUGAGAAAAAGGGAUUUACCAGCCUGCAACAUUUCACCGCCCCAACUUCCCAGUUUUACCAUUUAUUCCUGCAUGGAAAUUCCCUGACUCGACUUUUCCCUAAUGAGUUUGCUAACUUUUACAAUGCAGUCAGUUUGCACAUGGAAAACAAUGGUUUGCAUGAGAUUGUUCCUGGGGCUUUCCUGGGGCUGCAGCUGGUGAAACGCUUGCACAUAAACAACAACAAGAUCAAAUCGUUCAGGAAGCAGACUUUCCUGGGACUGGACGAUCUGGAAUACCUCCAGGCAGAUUUUAAUCUAUUGCGGGAUAUUGAUCCAGGAGCGUUUAGGGACUUGAACAAACUAGAGGUGCUGAUUUUAAAUGACAAUCUCAUCAGUACCUUGCCCCCCAACGUGUUUCAGUAUGUGCCGAUCACCCACCUCGACCUCCGGGGAAACCGUCUUAAAACCUUGCCUUACGAGGAGGUUCUGGAGCAGAUCCCAGGCAUCGCUGAAAUCCUGCUAGAGGAUAACCCCUGGGACUGUACUUGCGAUCUGUUGUCAUUGAAGGAAUGGCUGGAAAACAUACCCAAAAAUGCUUUGAUCGGCAGAGUGAUUUGUGAAGCUCCCACUAGGUUGCAGGGCAAAGAUUUAAAUGAGACCACAGAGCAAGAGCUGUGCAAAAAGAACAGAGUGGAUUCUAGUCUAGCUGCUCCCCCUGCCGAAGAAGAAACCUGCGAUCCUGGUCCCAUUCCAACCCCCUUUAAAAUACAUGGCAAAGAAGACCCUGCCACACCAGGAUCUGGUCCAAACGGAGGUACAAAGAUUCCUGUCAACUGGCAAAUCAAAACUAGACCCACUGCUGCUGUGUCAACUGUUAGUGUGAAGAGCAAGCAACCAGCUAUCUUGUCCUGCCCUCAGAUCUGCAGCUGUGAUCAGAUCCCUGGCUCAGGUUUAAAGGUUAAUUGCAAUGACAGGAAUGUAAGCAGCCUGGUGGAUCUGAAGCCUAAGCCGUCCAAUGUGCAGGAGCUGUUUCUGAGAGACAACAAAAUACACACCAUCAGGAAAUCCCACUUUCUGGAUUACCGAAAACUUAAUUUACUUGAUUUGGGAAACAACAAUAUAGCCACUGUUGAGAACAACACCUUCAAGAACCUCUUUGAUCUCCGAUGGCUGUACAUGGAUAGCAACUACUUAGACACCUUAUCCCGGGAGAAAUUCACCGGGCUGCAAAACCUGGAGUACCUGAACGUGGAGUUUAAUGGGAUCCAACUGAUCAUGCCCGGCACCUUCAAUGCAAUGCCCAAACUCAGAGUCCUCAUCCUCAACAACAACUUAUUGAGGUCUCUCCCAGUUGAUGUGUUUGCCGGGGUCUCCCUUUCCAAACUCAGCAUACACAACAACUAUUUCAUGUACCUCCCAGUGGCAGGGGUGCUGGACCAGCUCACCUCCAUCACCCAGAUCGAUCUGCACGGCAACCCGUGGGACUGUACUUGCCCUAUUGUGCCUUUCAAACAGUGGGCGGAAAUGCUGCGCCCCAAGGUGAUUAUGAGCGACCUGAGGUGCGAGUCUCCAGAAGAUUUCUUCAAGGAGGAUUUUGAAUCCCUCUCCAAUGACGUGAUUUGCCCUCAGCUAAAAAUAUCGCCCACCUUAAGUUCUACCAACAAAAACAGCACUGGGGUUGCAGAAACAGGUACUCACUCCAACUCCUACUUGGAGACCAGUCGAGUCUCCAUUUCGGUGCUAGUGCCAGGGCUGCUGCUGGUUUUUGUGACCUCUGCUUUCACGGUGGUUGGCAUGCUGGUUUUCAUCCUGAGGAACAGAAAACGAUCCAAGAGGAGGGAUGCCAACUCAUCUGCAUCUGAGAUCAACUCCUUGCAGACUGUCUGCGACUCAUCCUACUGGCACAACGGGCCCUACAGCACCGAUGGGGCUCACAGAGUGUAUGACUGCGGUUCCCACUCCCUGUCAGACUGAGGAGGUGGGUGGGGCAGGGGUGGCUACUGCCUGGGCUGACCCUGUGCUCUCCCAGUGAUGGGGAGGCAAAUGCCAGCAGGGACGGCUCUGCACCUCAGCUACCUUUUGUGAGAAACGAAAAACACUCACGCACUCCCCCGCGACCCCCAGGGCAAGAGCCGCUCUCGGUACGAGUCGGGGGAGCCCGGCGGAGGGCACGUCCCCCUACCGAGCGCUGCCGGGACAGCAAUGGAUGAGCGAGGACCUGUUUCCUUCGGCUCCGGCAGGGUGAACCAUGGCUCUUGGUUUUGUUGGGCCUUUGUUCUGUUGCGUUGGGGGUUGUUUUGCUUUUUUGCCCUCUUCCCUUUUGGAUGGACCCCUCCCUUGAGAGGCCAGGAAGAGGAAGGGGACAGAGGAAGGGCUGCAGUCAGCCUCCUCCUGACAAAGCAGGAGUAGAAAGUUGCACGAAGGCAUGAAUGUAAUGUAAAUAAAUGACUCUGACUUCAAAACAGACAAAUGAAAAAAAAAAAAAAAAAGAAAAAAACAAAAAAACAAAAAACUACUGCUGCAUGGCUCGCAUGGAUACAACGCACCCCAGGGACGCUCCAGCCCACAACUGGAAGCAGCGUCUAGUUCACACCAUCAUCCCUCUUACCUGAUAAGUCCCUUCGUAUCAAACCUUCUAUAUAAGAAAUACAGUAUAAUAAUAAAAGUGCCAUUUUGCCAUU